AUGGAAGAGCGUAAAAGACCUUCUCCUUACGAUUCAGUAGAAUCCGCUCCGCCGCUGAAGAAGCAAGCCACGUCUGCAAACGGCGCAUCGAAGUCUCACAAGGAUGAUGACAUGCCGUGGAAGGAUGAUCUUGAGAGAUUCCAGAAAGAUGCGAUAUGGCGGCAGAUGCAAGAAUAUAAGCGAGAGAAAAAUACCCUUGAAGCUCAAUUGAAAGAGAUGCGGAAGAAGGCCCGAUAUCAUGACGAUCAUCUCCGGACUAUUGAUGCAUGGUUUCAACAAGUUGUCGAUGAGGUCAAAGUCAUUGCCAAAGCGGAUGGCGAUGUAGAUAUGGACCCUGGGGCCUUACCUUCUUCGCUGCUUUUUUCAGAUCAAGAACAAUUUGAAGCACAUCUUCGCAACCGCUCAAGGCAGAUACGAGAUGUGAUAUCAAGAUUGUUCGGUCCGACAAAGCCGUCAUCGCCCGACGUAGCAGAAUUGCAAUCACAGGUCACGAGGUUGUUGGCCGCGGAAAAGAAUCACGUGGUCGAAUUACAACGGCUCCAGUCGGAGAAGGACGAUCUGGAUCACCAACUAGAGAACGCCUCUCUCAGAUACAUGACAGCCGAACGUAAAAUCGACAGAGCAAAAAGUAUUACGGUCGCCAAACUCGAGAAACAGGCUUUACUAGGCGCGACAAAGCCCGUGGUGGAGGAGGGUGGUCCGGUCAAGAGAGAAGAAAGCACGCUCAACGGGGCUACGGAUCAUUCUGAAGAGCUAGCCGAACUGGAAAAGGAAUUGAACAAGACUGUGGCCGUGUCGGAAAAGCAAAAAGAGCAGUUGGACCGGUUGGAGGAAGAGAAUGCCAAGCUGACUGCACAGUUGACGGAAUUGCAAACCAAGUCGGCAACUUUGACGGAUGACGAUUAUGCCAAAACCGAGUUAUUCAAGCAAUUGAAAUCGCAACUCGAGGAUACCUUCAAAAAAUUCAACAAUCUGGAAGCUACCAAUACGGAUCUCAAGGACGAAGCCUCGAAGUUACGAUCCGAGAGGACAACAUACCAACUUCAGUUGGAAAAUGAGCAACGAGUGGCAAUAGCAGAGAAGGAAUCUCUUUUGGCGGCAUCAGAGGCCAAUCUGGCAAGGAUCCGGCACAGCAGAGAUGAAUUACUAGCAGAUCAGGCUGUCAAACAAGCUUGUCUGGAUCAGAACCAAGAGGCUGUGAAAAAGAUAACGGAACUGUCAUCGGCACUGGAGGACCGUGUUCGGGCACUUGAAUCCGAGAAUGAGCGAUUAGCGACACAAACGGCUGACAUGGCGGUGGACAACACAGAGUUGGAUGCCUUGGACGUGGAAGAUCUGCGGGCCAGAUACCAUGAACUUGUCAGGAAGUAUAAUCUCCUCAAUGGUGAAUUGACGUCCAUGUCUACAGCGUUCCAAAAGACGUCGAAGAUCGCGAGUCAAAAAGUUUCCGAAUUUGCUGCCAUGGAAGAAAAAGUGCUGAAGUUGUCAAUGGACAAGACCAAAGCCGAUCAAAAAUUCUUUGCUGCGAUGAAAAGCAAGGAAACCCAGGCCGGCGAAAUCAGAACGCUGCGGCUGCAGAACGCCAAAUCUGCAGAGGCAAUCGCGGCGUUGAAAGAAGCCGAAGGGGCCACACGCGCUUUGUUGGCGACAGCGGAUAAGCAAUUGUCCGAACUGAAGGACGCGCUCGCGCACAAGACCAACGAACAUCGAAAUGUCCAACAACAAAACAUCACGCAAGGACUCGAAAUUUCCAGGUUAAACGCCCAAGUAACAGAGCUCAAAACCCAGGCCACCGCCAAAGACGCCAAACUCGCCGCCGCAACCAGCGCUUGCCGUGCGGCCGAAGUGGAAGUCGAAGAUCUGAGAUCCUCGCUCAAAGACACACGCAGAAAUCUCGAGACAUGGAAGUCCAAAUCAGGACAAUCCGAACAGUACGAGAUAUUGAGACAGUUUGCAUACUGCAAUAUCUGCAAGCGGAAUCUGAAAAACACCGUGAUCAAGACCUGCGGCCAUACGUUCUGCAAUGAUUGUGUGGCAGAGAGGCUGACAUUAAGAGCGAGGAAGUGCCCGAAUUGUGGAAAGGCGUUUGGCGCGAACGACCAUAUGCGGAUCACACUUUGA